CACCCUGUUCAAAGGCAUCAAGUCUGUACGCGGCCCGCCCACAUCAUAGAUGGUGGAACCUAGGAAUGGCACGCAAGACAAGGAAGUCGACGAACUCGACGACAACUUCCAGUCAGACGACGGAGAAACGGACCCUAACGUCUUCAGAAUAUCGGACCCUUUGACUCCGCCUUCAGCCAUGAGCUACAGCGCGAAAGAAUUGCAUACGCUCAUUCACGAGGGAUAUAUCGACUUAAACCCGAGCUACCAACGAGAUGUUGUUUGGCCCGAGAGCAAACAAAUUGGUCUCAUUGACUCCAUCUUCCGCAAUUUCUACAUACCUCCCAUUAUCUUUGCAGUGCAAAAGGAUGACGAGGGAGAAGUCGUGCGCGUUUGCGUGGAUGGCAAGCAGAGAUUGACUUCUAUACAGAAGUUCCUGGAUGGCCUGAUACCUCAUCGCGACUCACGGACCAAGAAGAAUUUUUGGUAUGUAAGAUCUGAACAGCAGAAGGCUACGCGGUUGGAGAUCCCAGAGGGCUGGAAACGACAGUUUGCUGAAACCCGAAUUACGUGCGUCGAGUAUCAUGGCUUAGCUCCUGGCACCGAGAGAGAAAUCUUCCAGCGUGUCCAGCUAGGAAUGACUCUGACGGCAGCAGGUGAGUCACAUUCAAUUAGGUUAAUAGCAACUAAGCGGUGUAUAGAAAAACUACAGGCUAUAUCUUCUUCGUGGGCAGAAUGGAUAGCAGAUCUUCAUACAAGGCAUGUCAACGCUGAAGGCGCCCUAGCAGAUGUACUGGAAUGGGACGUCAAACGCGGACGGGACUUUCAAUGCAUUGCUCAAAUGGUAUACUGCUGCGACUCGUUACCAGAGCACGCUCUUCCUACAGCACAGAAGCUAGAAAAAUGGCUUGCACGUGUCGACAAGCCGACGCAAUCUUUCAAAACGCGAAUUAGCGAUACGUUGGACGCGUUUUGGCACAUCGCCACUGCAGAGAACCUGAACGCCGCGUUCACACAAGUUGAUAAACGAGUCGCUCCAGUUGAGUUCGUUUUCAUUGGUACUCUCCUUUUCAUUUUGGACAGGCGUACCCUCGAGGAUCGAGCAAACGCGAUCCUGCAUAUGCGGUUGCGGAUCCGAGAGCAAUUCCGAGACGUUCGCAAUAACGGAUUAGUUGGAAAAGCGCUUUGGAAAUUUAUCGACAGUGUAACAGGUCCUUCUGGGCUCAAAGUUCUGGACAAUAGCCCAUAUUCGAUCCGCGCCGGUUCAUCCAGUUCUAAGAAGCGUAAACAACUGGACGAGGACGAUGACGAUUACCACCCGUCGCCUGUAAGAAGUCUUGGCCAGGAUACAAGAACACGUGCUAGGGCAAGACAGAGCGACGACCGGGGCUGGCCUGCUGGUGCAUAGUGGCAGAAAAUCAGAGUAACAGUACAUUACCACUAGUUAUUGUAUCCCACUCUUGAGGUGUACCACGUACCCUCGGGUGUUGUUAUGGCUCGUGCAUAUUUUAGCAGCAGUUUGUCCCGCUCCUUGGAAUUGACUGCGAUAUCUGACAAGAAAGGUUCGAUGUCGUUGCUCUUCCAUCGCUGCUUGGUGAGGAACAACUCAGUAAAGCGCGCAGCGGGAUCCAUCUGCAGCCCGGAGGCGGGGAAAUAGGUCAAUGCAGCACUGCUAGAGUUAUCCUGCGACCGAAGAUAGUUUCC